AUGACAUCGUCUAAAAUUCUCCUUUUGGCCUUUGCUUUCUUCUUUACAUACAUUGAAGGAAGAGUUCAUGGAAAAACUAAACCAAAACACUUGCACAUUGUUUCUCUCAUUUCACUACCACCUGCUCCUGCUCCUGCCCCUGCUCCUCAGGCUGCUAGUCCAAGUUACUAUACAGAUUCUCCAAGUCCUGGUCCUAGCCCUAAUCUUGUUCGAAGUCUUGCCAACGUCUACAAUGUACUAUCUUUUGGUGCUGUUGGUGAUGGUGACACAGAUGAUACACAAGCAUUCAAGAUGGCUUGGGACACUGCUUGCUUUCAGAAUGAACCAGCCAUUCUACUUGCUCCUGAUGACUAUUCUUUCAUGAUACAGCCUACUGUCUUUACCGGACCUUGUAAAACUAGCCUUGUGUUCCAGAUUGAUGGGACUAUAAUGCCACCAGAUGGGCCUGAAUCAUGGCCAAGUAAGACGAACAAGAGACAAUGGCUAGUGUUUUACAAGAUCGAUGGAAUGUCAAUGCAAGGAGGUGGUGUUAUAGAUGGCAGAGGAGAGAAAUGGUGGAAUCUACCCUGCAAGCCUCACAAAGGGCCUAAUGGCGCAACACUUCCUGGCCCUUGUGAUAGCCCAGUUGCUAUGAGGUUUUUCAUGUGCUCCAAUUUGAUAGUCCAAGGACUUGAAGUGAAGAACAGUCCCCAAUUCCAUUUUCGGUUUGAUAACUGUCAAGAUGUCACUGUACAAAUGCUCAGCAUUAAAUCACCACCUCGAAGCCCAAAUACAGAUGGGAUUCACAUAGAGAACACAAACAAUGUCCAAAUAUACAAUUCAGUCGUAUCCAAUGGUGAUGACUGUGUAUCAAUUGGAGCUGGUUGUCAUAAUGUCGACAUAAAGAACAUUACCUGUGGUCCAAGCCAUGGCAUAAGCAUUGGCAGCCUUGGAAUCGGCAACUCGAGGGCAUGCGUGUCGAACAUCACGGUGAGAGAUUCGGUAAUCAAGCGUUCUGAUAAUGGUGUCCGGAUUAAGACAUGGCAGGGAGGAUAUGGUUCUGUAUCUAAAAUCUCUUUCCACAACAUUAACAUGGAAAUGGUCCGCAAUCCAAUAAUCAUAGACCAAUACUACUGCCAGACCAAGAACUGCGCUAACCAAACAAGUGCAGUUCACAUAUCUGAUAUUUUGUACACAAGCAUUAAGGGCACAUAUGAUGUUAGGAGUCCACCCUUGCACUUGGCUUGCAGUGAUUCAGUCCCAUGCACUAACCUCGAGUUAGCAGAAAUAGAGUUGCUUCCUGCUCAAGGCCAAUUUGUGGCAGAUCCAUUUUGCUGGAAUGCUUAUGGGGCAAUGCAGAAUCUUACCAUCCCGCCAAUUUCUUGCUUGCUGGAUGGAAUCCCACAAUACAUAGGGCAAAACACUAUACAUCAGUACUGUCAGAAUAAUUUGUAUUAG